GACGACGCGAGCCUAUCAGCGGUGGGACAGGACACACUGAGUUCCAUCGCUAACUGGAGAAAACGUUGUCACCUGGCGUCUCAUGGCCUAUAUAUGGCAGUACAUGUUGAUCAUGUAAGCUUGUAGACAAGACGGCCUGAAUCGCGGCAUCUUGCACCGCCCCGGAUCAACCCCUGUCCGUGUCAACUUGAACGAACCGACCAAUCAUAGCCGAUGUCGUACAGUGACUAGAUCAUUAAGCUUUGGGUAUAAAGACAUGAAUUGCUCGUCUCGCAACAGAAGUCAGACACCAUCUCAACUCGCACCUUGCUCUCGAGCUCAAUCCCCAGGUGUUGCCGUUCAAGAUAGCUUCCUCGCCCUUUCAUUCAACUCCUCCGACCAUCUCAUCUCGCAUAAAUAUUCGCCUUCUGCACAGCAUCAAAUAUGAUGGACACACUCUUCCAUCUAGCCAUAAGAGCACUCGACCAAAAUGGCAUCGACCCUGACAACAUUGAUGUCAACUCCACCGACCCUCUCAAGAUCGCCAUGUCAAAAAAGUAUUGUAAGGUCGGCAAGUGCCCCAAAGCAUGGCAGAGCAUCCAGUACCGACCCACUAUUGCCGGAAAUGUCAUCUACGCGCUCUGUCUCUUUGCACUGCUUGGCGGGCAGAUGUGGUUAGGUAUUCGUAAGAAGACAUGGACAUAUAUGGGCACUAUGUGUGCCGGCAUCCUUGGAGAGAUCAUUGGUUACAUUGGUCGCAUCAUGUUGAACCAGAACCCUUUUCUUAUGGAUAACUUUCUUGUUAACCUCGUCCCGCUCACAAUCUCUCCUGCACUACUCACGGCAGGCAUCUACCUCUGCGUCGGUCGCGCCAUCGUCGCCAUCGGUAGUGAAAACUCCCGCCUCAAGCCUAAGAUGUACACUUAUGUCUUCGUCGGCUGCGACUUGCUCGCUCUCGUCCUUCAAUCCAUUGGUGGUGGCAUGGCUGCCACAGCAAGGGAUGCUAAGGGCUCAAGGCGCGGUGUCAACAUUAUGAUCGCUGGUCUGGUCUCUCAGGUCAUCACCAUGAUUCUGUUUUUGGCCGUCUGGGGUGACUUCGUCCUGCGCACUCGCCGCGCUAAGUUCAGUGGAUCGUUGUCGCGCUCCCAACCACCGCUAUACGACAAUCUGCGAUCCACUAAGAACUUUACUUUGUUCCAGUGGAGUCUCUUCGCGGCCACACUCCUCAUUUUUGUCCGCUGCGUUUACCGUGUUGCCGAGCUUUGGAACGGCUUCAAUAGCCACCUCGCCAAUGACGAAGUCACCUUCAUGAUUUUCGAAGGCCCCUUGAUCAUUCUUGCUGUAUCCGCAAUGACAGUCUUUCAUCCUGGCCGUAUCUUCGGGGAUCUCUGGGUUCCUGCUGGCAAAGGUGUCAGGUCCAUGAACAAGCCUACCGAGGACUCGGUCCACCUUACUGAGGCUGAAUGGAAUGACACAGCUUACCAGCGGGUUUAGUAGCCUGCCAAUCUUGUUUAGACAAUCUAUAGUAAAAUUGUCAUUGUUAGAAAUCAUUAGGUUGCUAGGCGUAGACUUUAGGCGCAGCAUGCAGGAAGAGGCGUUGAAGCGACACGUAAGGGCCUGGAGUAUCACGCCUGUUACGAUAAUGUGGCAUAACAUCUAUAUUUACGGCG